AUGAUAGUUAAAAAAGUUGUUACUGGCUUCAUGAUGAUUGGGUUAGCUACUGAAGUCUGGUCGCACGUUGAAAUAGAAGCCGAUGAUUACUUCUUUCCAAUAGAACCGGUAACCAAUUUCUGCUCGAUGUCGGAUAAAUGCUGGCACGACUUUGUGCCAAUCUGUGGUCAGGACGUCAUGGGUGUCAUCAGAAUGUUCAAUGAUAAUUGUGACUUAUUCGAAUACAAUUGCGAUGAGAAAAAACAAUUUCGGCAUGUGAAGAUGGAAAUAUGUAAAAUGGAGCCUCCCACUGAAUCAUCAAAAUAA